UUACCGUACGUAGCGAUAAUACUCGACCGACGGUAACAUUAUUAUUUAUUAGUUUAUUACGUUGAACGUUCCCUUCUUAUCCGGUGUCGCGCGAUUCAAUAAUUUUUAUAAUUAUUAAUAUUAUUAUUAUUAUUAUUAUUGCGAGAGGCAUGACGCGAGUCGUUGAUCGUCGUUGAUCGUUAUUCGUUAUUGACAGUGUACGACCGUACGAGAUUUACGUACUCCUUUUCGCGUCGAGUUCGCUUGCGUGAGCGUAGUCGAGAUAACCGGUCGAUUUACGACAACGUUCGUGUCGAAAAGAAAUCGGAUCAAGACCAAGACCCUGGCACAAGAGGGUGGCCCAACACCAACCCGAGACUGUGUCACCAUGUCGCGACCGGAUUUUAUGCCACUUUCAGAGCGGUGGUUUUCCGAUUUCUUAGACUGAAUGUAAAUAGGUACAAAUUGUAUCUAAAGCAACUGACACUUGACAGCCAGAACUUGUCUAACGGAGACGUUGAUGUUAGAGGUGCCCCAACGGAACUGUUGGAUUCGGGACAUAUCUUGCCCUCUAGAACUACACAGGAGACUAUUGCCGCCACAGACAUUAUUUCAUAUGCAGACUUCACAAUGAGGAAGCUAAGCGUUAGCAGUAUGAACAAAACUCAGAAAAAUGUUCCUCAAGUAAAGAAAGUCCCUCCACCAGCCAUUCCAGAUUCAGUUGCAUGCCGACAUUCAGGUAGUAGCUUUGGAUCAACAGGAUAUAGUAGCUCCAGCGAUGACGCAUUUCUAGAUCCAAAUACUUGUAUGAAACCAGAUAUCUAUGAUGGAUCAGAUACUUAUUGCCCAAUUGGAAAUAAAUCACCAUCGUCACAGUUCAACCAUCCAGCUUUCACAUUUCCAGGAUCUACUUCGUAUUCUCAUCCCAGUGGAAAUAUGAAGAUGUAUUACCACCAAUUAUCACUUCAGGAAGAUCAAGGAAUUGAUAUGACACAAAGUCCUGGUCGUGAUAGUCCUGGUUCAUCUGGUUCUGGUUCAGGAUCUCGUCACUCAACGGCAAGUUUAGAUAGUGGUCGUGCUUCAGGGUGUCAUCUUCGAGGAAAUACUCAUUGGCAUCCAGAACUUAGUCCAUCUACUAGGGUGGAAAGACUUCUCCAUCAAGGGGUUCCAGAUAAAGAUAUAAUGUACAGUUGGCUAGUUGAUCUACAUCUAGAAGAAUAUUUACCAUUGUUCAUAUCUGCUGGAUAUGAUAUGAGAACAGUUUCAAAAAUGACACCAGAAGAUUUAACUGCUAUUGGUGUAAAGAAACCAAAUCAUAGAAAGAAAUUAAAAGCCGAAAUUGGCUUACUAAAUAUAUCUGAUGGACUAUUAGAUUACAUUCCUGGGUCAUUAGAUGAAUGGCUUAGAUUACUAAGACUUGAAGAGUAUGGAUCAGCGUUAGAAGCUCAAGGUUAUUCUACAAUAGAUGAUGUAACUCAGUUAACAUGGGAAGACUUGGAAGACAUUGGAAUAGUAAAGCUUGGGCAUCAAAAAAGAUUAUUACUAGCAAUUAAACGAGUAAAGGAUAUUAAGGCAGGAAAAUCAUUUGUUCCUCAUUCACCAUAUAUUAUUCAAACUCAAGCCUGCAUCGAGUCGCCAUUAAGCAUUGUAAGCAGCAGUUCUGGAUGUGGAACGAGUAUCACUAACAUAAGUUGCGGUACGGGCAGUGUUGAACUUGAUUUGCCACGUGUUCAUGCCACAUAUCACAGCUUUCAUCAACCUUGGGAAUUAGAGAGUAGCAAACAACUAUAUUGCCAAACAGAUAUUGUUCCCAUCAAGUCCCCUAGACCUACUCCGGAUUCGAACUGGACACUCGAAUUUCAGGAAUCGCUUAGAGGAACUCAUCGUGGCAAAUCAUUGGAAAGUCUACAUGAAAAUAUAAACUCAACAACUGGAGGUACAAGUAGUUUUGUUGGUCCUCCACAGUGGAGACAUCAGCAAAAGAGUUUUGAAGAUGGCGAUUUAACACCGACAAAUGAAACAUCUAUUCUUCAUGAAUGUGGUGGUACAUUACCUAGACCAAGAGGACUAGUUAAGCCAAGAUUAGUAGCUAAAAUUCCCGCUUUAUUCACUCAACAAAAUAUAGAAGACUGUUCAGGAUUAAAUACAUUGAAACGUAGACCACCAUCACCGCCUAAACGCCAACAGUCUUGUGAAGAUAAUAAAAAGUGUCAUCAAGUAACUGUUGUUGCCGAUCUGCAUUGUAUUCCAACUUUACAAUCUAAAACUUUGGGCAAAUGGACUGCAGAUAAUAUGUCUCCUAAACAUAACUUAGAGGAUCAUAUUGGAUCAAAUGCAAGCUUUAAAUCGAAUUCUAGUACUGAAUCAGAUACUAUUCCAUUUGCCAAUGAAAAUGCUGGCACAAUUAAACAGAGAACGAUCAGAUCUACAAAUGAAUUAAUUCAACCUAUGCUAGCUGAUCAUUCUAUGCAUACUACUUCAAGUUACUCAAUGCACUCAACAACAAGUCAAUUUUCGUUAAUGCCUCCAAGUGGGAAGAAGGAGCCAGCAGAUGUACUCAAUGAUAUUGGAAACAUGUUAGCAAAUUUAACUGAUGAAUUAGAUGCCAUGUUAGAAGAAGAAAAAAGACAAGGUCUCAAUGAUUAAAUAAAUCAAUUAAUUCUUUAUAAGAAUUAAGUUCUGUACUUGCCCUAAUUGUCAAAACAAAAUUACAUUUGUUCCAUCCAAUCAAAAAAGACAAUUUUUAUGUUCCUUUUUUGUUUCUGUGAGUUUAAGAUUCAAAUAGCAAAAAAAAUUGUAAUCUUAUUUGUAUCUUACUAAAUCUGUCAAUGUUAGUCUGUAAAAAAGAUAACACCAAUUGUAAUUGUAUUCACUCCUUGCUCUUACGUUUUAAUUUAAAAUUAGUUUACAAUUUUAGCUGUAUGGCUGAUGCUAUCUUCAUCUCACCUAAACAUUAUUAACUGAUGUAGAUUGGAAUCAGCCUUAUGAAUCUUAUAUAUUAUUUUAAUAGGUAACCACAAUUAACUAUGCUAUUACUCAAUUUUAUUUUUGAAAUUUUAAGAUUUAAUAUUAUAUAAUUUCUAUACAACUAAAAUACUAUAUUUGUUACUAUUAGUGUAGACAUAUCACCUUAAACGUCUUCCUGUUUUAUAAUUUUAAUCGAAAAUAUAACUUGUUUUCAAAAUUUAAAAAACUUUACCCAAGUUAUAUAGAGACAUAUUAUAUUAUAUUUCUAAAUUUUUAUUUGUAGGUAGCUAUUCUGAAUAGGAUUAAUUAGGUUAGGUUAGGUAGGUAACUUUAUUUUAAAAUUGAAUAUUGUAUAAAAUACUUUUAGAGACAACAUAUUUGACUGAUUAGAGAGAGAGAGGUGCACAGUUAGUAAUCUUUGAACCAUAAAGAUUUAUAUUGUUUAAAAAAUUAUCCAGUUCCCAUGGGUAAUAUUUUAUAUCUGUUAGUAUCAACAUAAAUGAUUUAAUUAACUUUGGUGAAGCUAUGUCAUUAUUUGUAUUAGUUAAAAAGUAAUUAUUUCACUAAAAUUAGGUGAACCAUAUGAAAAUUGUAUUUUGAUUAUUCUGUAUGGGCAUUUCCAUUCCUUAGCAAAAUAAAUUUUAUAUUGUAUGUACAAAUAAUAACUCAGCUAUUAGCAAUUUAUAUAAAAUACACCAAAUAAAAUCAUAUUCAGUGACCAUUGUACAGGGGGAAGAACAUUGAGUUUGUAAAAUGUUAUUUAAUGAUUAAAUAAUAUUUAGAAUCCAAACAUUUGUAUAUUAUGGUAGUA